GGAUGGGGGCGGGGGGAAGGGCCGGCCUGCGCCGGGCUCUGGCACCUCGGACUGGCUCCCCUGCCGGCCCCUAACAAAGGGAAGCUCCUGGGCCCGAGCCUCGGAGCCGAGCGGGCUGCGGACCCGGGACUGCGGAGGGAGUCCGGGGGGGAGGGUGUUGCCGCCGCCCUCCCGAGGAGCCGCCGCCGGAGCCAACCACAGGGGAAAUCAGCCCGGGAGUGAGUGAGUGACAGGCAGCAGAGAAGGAGCUGGCUUCAGAGAUACAGGUGGAGCCAACCAAGCUCUGGGGGAGACCAGUUAAUUCCGGCACACUUACCCCCGGACUCCAAAUGGUUCAAAGGGUGCAAUGCAAUUAAUACAAUGUCACCUAUGAAUGGGAGAGUUUGGAGAAUGUCACUAUGAAUAAGGAGUCCUUUUUCCAGUUGGUCAUUUUGCAAGACAGUCUCUGUGAUACUGACGGAGUCUCAGAGUUGGAAGGGAUCUUAGAGGCCAUUGGAGCCAAGAUUUACCUGAACAAGAACUCUUUGCUUGACAUACCUGACAACUGGUCAUCCAACCACUGAUUGAGGACCUCCACAAAGGAGAAGCUGACUCCUAAGACAGCCAAUUCCUCAAGGAAGCCCAUUUCACAGAGACUUCUGCCGGAAUGGUCCCCGUCAAGGGCGGAUGGAGAAGCCAGCCGCCUUCCAAGCGUCGCCUGCCCACUCGUGAGGCUGUGAGCUCAUGGCUGCUGGUCUGAGGGCACUAACCCACCGCAGGAGGGAACUGAGGCUCAAGGAAGUAAAGCCAUGGUCAUGAAUGGUGUCGAUGUCAAUUUCAGAGGCGUGAUUUCUUGCCCUGUGCCCAGGGACUCUGUGCGCUCCAGAAUGGUCCACAUCAACUUCUUCAGAAGGAUUAUGUAUGGGCUCUUGGCCUUCCUCCUCUUCCUCACCAUCUGUCUAUGGAAUGAAUCCAAGAAAGGCUACUCUGUUUCCUUUAGAUUAGAUUCCAAAGGCUUCCAGCUGCCCAGGACCCUGGAAAACUUGUCUAGGAGGCUGAGAACCAAGCCCGUGAACAUCACCGCCAUGGUGGGCCCCCAAAGAGAGAGCGAGGUUCCCCGCCCCAGGCCCAAGGUGGACAAGUUCAGUUACAAGGUCUGGGAUAAGGACAGUUCCUCCAAGAACCUCCCUGCUCGCUUGCAGAAGGUCCGGAAGAACUAUUUGCACAUGAACAAAUACAACGUGUCCUUUGAAGGAACGCGCCAGGUGGAGAAGCUCAGCACCAGUGGCUUGCUAUGCCAGCUUGCCAAUCGGGUGAAAGUCACCAUGAUCCAGGGGACUGACUUCCCCUUCAACACGUCCGAGUGGGAAAAGUCUCUCCCGCCCAAGAAUAUCCGGGAGAGCUUUGGAAGACUGGGCACGUGUGCCGUCGUCUCAUCUGCCGGAUCCCUGAAGGCAUCCUACUUGGGUACAGAGAUAGACAAUCAUGAUGCCGUCUUGAGGUUUAAUGGGGCACCCACAAAGAAAUAUGAAGAGCAUGUAGGAAAGAAGACAACUUUUCGUCUGGUCAACUCUCAGUUGGUCACCACAGACAAGAACUUCUUUGAUGACAGCCUAUAUAAAAAUGGAAUCUUAAUCAUAUGGGACCCCUCUCCAUACCAUUCGGAGAUCCCAGAGUGGUACAAGAAACCCGACUACAAUUUCUUUCAUAACUACAAGCUAUAUCGCAAACUGAACCCCAACCAGCCCUUUUAUAUCCUCAACCCCAAGAUGCCAUGGGAGCUUUGGGACAUCCUCCAGGAAAAUUCCCCAGAGGACAUUCAGCCCAACCCCCCGUCCUCAGGGAUGAUCGGAAUUGUGAUCAUGAUGAACUUCUGCGACACGGUGGAUAUAUAUGAAUUCUUGCCCUCAAAGCGCAAAACAGACAUUUGCCACUACUACCAGCAGUUCUUUGACAGCGCCUGCACGAUGGGUGCUUACCACCCGCUGCUCUUUGAGAAAAACAUGGUGAAGCACCUCAAUCAGGGGACGGAUGAGGACAUCUACCUGAAAGGGAAGGUGACGGUGCCGGGCUUGCAGGGCGUCCGCUGCUAGCAAGUGGCCCGGGCGCUUGUCUGCUUCUUGCUCGCCUGCUCCUCCUCUUGCUGACCAAAAGGCCUUUUCUGAAGCCCGUCCACACGCCCACAAGGUUCCCCACUGCCACUGCCCUGCGGGGGAAGCCAUUUCCUUCCCUUGGAUUGCCCCCGGGGGCUUCCCUUGUGCCCAGUGGCCCCUGGGAGGCUGGAGGCGGCCGAGGUCAGAGCAGAUGGGCACCUCCUUCCCUGCCUGCAGAGCCGGGGGUCGUAGGAGCCUGAGAGCCCCACACAUAGGGCCCUCCCCGGUCGGCUUCCCCGGUUCUCUUCCCAGCGCGGAUGGCAGUCCAGGGCGAGGAAGCCCGGUGUGGGCACGCGCCUUCUCGUCCCGAGUCCUCACCUGGACUUGAAUCGGCCUGACUUUGGCCCAGUGGCGCCCAUCCGCGGAGGGGCAGCGUUCUUGCCUCCAAGUGUUCUCCUUUAGUGAAGUAAGUUGGUCCCGGUGUCGCUUCCCAUCUAGCCCGCCCUUCCCGAGGCUCGGUCCAGGGAAAGCAGCCGGGUGCCAUUUUGUUGCCAUCUUGGCGCGUCUCCUCCCUUGGGAUGGCCCCGGCCCGGCCACGGGGCAGAUCGUUUCAUCUCUCUGAGCCUGAGUUUUCCCGUCUACAAAAUGGGAAUCAUAAAGCUACCUACCUCACAGGGUUGUUGUGGGGCUCCCAUGAGAGAAGGUCUAUAAGUGCGAGUAACUGUAAAGUGUUAUCUGAAUGUAUAUUGUCAACGGUUUGUUUGUACAGUCGGUUGUCCGUGUUCGCCAAAGUCUACACUGGAAGGAAACGAUAGCUAUUUAAACGUGCGACGUUUGGCUGACCCAGUCCUGGAACUGAGCCCCGGAGAAGACCUUGGAAACUGUUUAAUCCGGGGGCCGAUUCCCGGGGCAUUGGAUUCCAUCUCAAGGCUGCCCUGACUUUGGAGGAGAAAAACGUCGCGUCGGUCGUUUCCUUUAGCCCUCCUUGACACAUUUCGAAUGGAAGCAAUAAAACAUUCUGAGAAGGAUCUGCAGGUUUCAUCCGACGCUCCAAGGGGGCCAAGACCAGGAAGAGGCAAAGAAGCCCUAAGCUCGGUCAAACCCGCAUUUUACAGACGACGUUUGGUGCCUUUCCGAGUGGCUAAAUGGUUCUUUCCGAAGGUCAUGCAGGUUCGAACUAGCAAAGUUCCAGCUGGCACCCUGGUCUCCUGACUCCCAAUCCAGCAUCUUUUCCAAGUAGCUGCUGGCUUUUCUGAGUCCUCUGCCGCGUUCCCAGCCUGGGAGAGGAUGAGAGGACUCAAGCCAGCAGCCAGAGCAAAGCUGUGUAUGAUUCAAGAACCAGAGGAUUCGCUGAAGGGCAAUUAAAUGGAAUCACUACAGGCAGCAGAUGCCCCUGGCAAGAUCCGCAGGCGCGAUGGAGGCGAGUGAUGGAGGCUACCUUAUACUCCACCUCCAAGAUCUCUCUCCCCUCUUAAGCUUCUGAGAAUGUAAUUCGGGUUCUCAUCUCUCAAAUGCCCCCAGCUCAGAUACCAUAUUGCUAUUGAAUCCAUAUCACCUUCUGGGCUUUUAAAAGGGCUGUAUAUAUAUUUUUAAAAGAAAUAUGGGGGCAGCUAGGUGACUCAAUGGAUAAAAAGCCAGACCAGGGUUCAAGUCUGGCCUCACCUACUUCCCAGCUGUGUGACCCUGGGCAAGUCCCUUGACCCCCAUUGCCUGGCCCUGACCACUCUUCUACCUUGGAACCAAUACACAGCAUUGACUCCAAGAUGGAAAGUAAAGGUUAAAAAAAAAGGAAAUCCUCUCAACCUUGGGAAUUUCUUCUCUGUUUUCUGAUUCACUAGCAAAAUUGUUCUAAUAUGUGAUCAUUAGAAGAUUCAAUGGAGAUACAGGGAUGGAAACUGUGAUGGGCAGAAACCAAUCAUCUAUCCAAAUGUUCCAAUUAAUUUAAGGGGAGAAAGAAGCUUCUUGAGGCUAUAUUAUUUUGAAAUCUAUAUUCUCUAUUUAGAGAAGUAAGGUGAGAUAUGAUUAAAAUAUAAUUACUAAAGUGUUGGCCUCAUGAGAUAUGAAAAAUUUCAAUGACUUGGUGCUGUGGGCAGGUCUUGUAUUGAUUCCUUUUUGUUUUAAUUACCAUGUUGAAAUCUGUCAUCCUCAGCAUAUCUGUCUGAUCCUUUCAACCAAUCAUGUAAGCUUAUAGGGUUGGCUUCGACUUGCAAUAGCCGUCUCUGAGACUUCUGGGUUCCAGAAGGCCUGAGAAAGCUGUGUAAAUUAAUCUGGGAAUAUCCAAAGAAGUUGUACAAAUUUUAAUAAAUUUGCUUUCGUAAAA